AUGGCAGUCAAUACACUCUACGGUCCGGAGACACUCUCACAAUUUCUAUCUGUUGAUUUCGACUAUAUCAUUGUAGGUGGUGGGACCGCAGGACUACUUCUCGCCGCUCGCCUGACGGAAAAUCCCAACAUACAAGUGGGAGUCAUUGAAGCUGGAACCUCGAAAAAGAAUGACCCGAAUGUUGACGACCCAGCUCGAUUGGCAAGAACACUCUAUAAUCCUGAGUAUGAUUGGCUGUAUAAAUCGAUUCCUCAGGCUGGAACCAAUAACAAAGUCCAUCAUGUGGCCCGCGGUAAGCUUCUGGGAGGAUCCAGUGGUAUCAACUACAUGGCGUACUGCCGGCCGGCUGCGGAGGACAUUGACCUUUGGGGAAAACUGGGAAAUAAGGGUUGGUCAUGGAAUGAGCUUAUGCCAUAUUACCUCAAAACCCAAAGAUUAGAAAUGGCGAACAGUACGCAGGCGCUCCAAGGGCAGGCCUUAUGCCCUAGCCUUCCUCAGUCCCAUGGUCAUCGGGGGCCAAUUUCAACCUCCUAUCCCCGCCGACGGGCUCGCUUUGAGGACAAGAUCAUUCGUGCAUUUGAUGAAACAUCAAAUAUCCCAAGGCCACAGGAUCCGUGGAGUGGAAAGCCUCUGGGGUUGUACGACCAUCUCUCUACCAUUAACCGCGAUGAUGGAGCAACUAGAAGCUAUGCUGCAUCGGCAUUUCUGUAUCCCUACUUUGAGCGGGAGAACCUGAAAGUUCUGACGGAGGCCACGGUAUGCAAAGUUCUCCUCGAUAAGCACUCUUCUAAGGCAAAAGGGGCCGAGUUCUUCUGUUCUGGUACGAUGCAUCAGAUUUUCGCAACUAUGGAAAUUAUACUGUCAGCAGGGCCAGUGCAAAGCCCACGCUUGCUCGAGCUAUCAGGCAUCGGCAACCCAGAGCUUCUGCGGAGAGCAAAUAUUGACUGUAUCCUACCACUAUUGGAAGUUGGGGAAAAUCUCUGCGAGCAUCCAAUGACAUCCAUUACGUAUGCGCUUGAUGAGACUAAGUCCUCCAAGAAUAAUCUUCACCUCUCCCAAGCGGCGUGUGAUGAUGGCAUGAGCGAUGGUGUGAGCUUAAUGGCAUUCCUGCCAUACUCCAGUUUGGUUUCUCAUAAGGAGCUAGAAGAGACCGCUCUAAAAGUUACCCAAUGCACCCAGCUACUUGAGCAGGAGCGAUGGAGUGUGGUUGCACGAUUACGGGAUCCUAUGUCUGGUGCUCUUCAGUUCAACGGGACUACAGCAGUGAUAGACAUUGGAGUGGGGCAUAUGAAUCAAAGCAGACUUGUUUCCAAUACAUCGGCCCAUGAACACACAUACUACAGCUUCCAUGUCACUGUUACAAGCACACUAUCCCGGGGAAGCACCCAUGUGACGUCUCCAGAUCCUUUUGGUGCACCCGCUAUUGAUCUUGGGCUACUGCGUGACCCUGUCGAUGUGGAACUGCUCUCUGCGGGACUGGAGUUUGCGGAUAAAGUUUUCUCAUCUAGCCAUGUCUCCGAGCAGGUUGUGACUCGAGUCAUUCCAAGUCCUGACGUCGACCUCAGAGAUCGACAACAAGCCAGUCGGUUUGUUCGGGAUUGGACCACAUCCUUCAACCACAUACUGGGCACCUGUGCUAUGGGUCGCGUGGUGGAUGAACGGCUGCGUGUAAAGGGUAUAUCUGGCUUACGGGUGGUGGAUGCGAGUGUUAUUCCUACUCAGAUUAGUGGAAAUGUGAUGGCUACGGUCUAUGCGGUUGCUGAGAAAGCGGCAGACCUCAUCAAAGAAGAUCAUGGCCUUUCAACUACAAAUUGUUAG